UUGUGUUCCCAUAAGAGACCUCUGAUCUAAUACGCAGACAUUUGCAUUAAAAUAAAUGACGAUGUCUGUGAAGGCAGAGGUGAAACCUGGUGACCUUUUGAGGCACUAUUAUGGUUUCAUCCUGCCUUUUUUUAAUUUUGCAAAAAAAAAAAAAAGUCGAUACCCGAGACCUGGUUUCCUGUCAAAGCUUACAGGAAAACCAGGAGUUGAAGAUCGUCAUUUUUCAACAAGUGGCUCAUUCAACUAUAAAGCACUUAAAAUGCAUAUGACAGGCAUACACUUGCAGAAAAAUUGUAUGCCUGUUCAAGUAUCGGUGAAACACGGAUCUCUGCAAGAUAGAUCCUCAAGUGUUUCAUUAUACUUGUGCUCAUCAGCAUUGAUACAAGAAACGAUGCACCAGAUUUCAGACCAAUUCUGUUUUUUGCAUGAAAUUUGUGUUUUCCUUUUUUUUUUGUAAGCAAUGAAAGUGCCGCAGCUGUUGUAAAUAAUGCAAGGCAAAAUAGUCUUGAUCAUGAUUGAAGAAGCCAUUACAGCAAACAAAAGCAUCAUUAUAUUACUUAUGAGGUCUUUUUAAAUGUAUUUUGGGAACACAACAUGGUCAUAUGUUUGAUUCACUUUGUGAGUAUUAGGCAACAUUUGAAUGCUUGACAAUGAAUCAGAAACCGCCACUUUUUCACUCAAGGAAAAGAAAUUAAGACAGGGGAGGGCAGUGCAAUGAUUAUGCCUCAUUUACAAGAGAAAAGUUUAAAAAUAAAGCCUUGCAAAGAUAAAUUUAUUUUGAAGUUCAACCAAAUUUUGGAACAUGGUAUCCCUUGCUUCCAAAGAUUUACAAGCAUUCAGCAGCAAACCCGACAGCAGCCAACAGUGCAGAACAUUCGUGCCAGCAUGGCAGCACAACAACAAGCCUCCGCAGCCAAUAGACGCCUGGCUCAGCAACUUGCAAACAGACCUGGUAUUGGGAUGAUGAACAUGGCACAGCAGCAACCCAUUAAUAUGUCACCACGAUACCCAUCCCAGCCACCACAGCGUAGUCUUCAGCAACGGCUGGGAAAAUCCAACAUUAAGGCACGACUAAAUUUAGAGGCAGUUGGACGAGGUGGAGGAAUGCAACAAGGGAGAGGCAGAGGAUUUAUGCAGUGGGGUAGAGAUGGCCGAGGGAGAGGCCAGAGCAUUCAGACACCUCGUGGAGCUUCUCGUGGUCGUGGAAACAUACAGCGUGGACGUGGCUCUCCAAGAGGUGUGGGAAAUUACCCUGUUAGAGGUGGUCGUGGAAGAGGUCGUGGAGGUUUCUUAAGAUUCCCAGAUGAGGACUUGCAGUCCUCAAAUCGCUGGAGGGGCCGGGGUCAAGGCCGCAGAGAUCGGCGGCGUGGGGGUCGUAAUCAAGGCGAGAGAUUCCCUGGAAGAGGCGGUAAUCGUGGUGGGCGAGGUGCUGCUGGAAGAGGUCAGAACAUGCGAGGCAGAGGUCGGGGAAGAGGUGGACGUGGACGUGGACGUGGUGGCAGUGUAGAUCAGGUGUCUAAAGAACAGCUUGAUAACCAGCUGGAUGAAUAUAUGUCUAAAACCAAGUCUUAUCUCAACUCUGAGCUGGAUGCCUAUAUGGCUGAAGCAAACCCUUGAGGACUGAAGUCUGCCUAUAGGUGUCACAGAGUGUGUCCAGAGAGUUUGUGUAGUGGGGUUACUCUGCUGUAAUUUAUUUAAAGUAAAUGUGUACACUUUUUAUCAUUCUGAAGAGUCAAGAUAGAAAGACAGCAGAACUGCUGCACAAGGGAUUAUGUAUUAUUUCAGAGGCUACCAAGUUUUCUACAAAGACUUCAUCAAGCCUUAUGGCUUAAAAUUGUGAGAAAGAAACAUAUAUCUGCAAAGUCUGGCAACUUUUGUAGAGUUUGUGUAGUCAUAGGAAAAAAAUGCUUCAUUUGAACUUUUUCUCCCAUACACCUAUCAUGAUGAUUUUGUGGAAAGUGUAAAUUCACAUCCACUCAGCUUCAGCAUUGCACUUGAGAGUGACAAAAUAUGGACAAAUCCAGUUACUGCUCAGCCUUUUGGGAGAGUGGGAAGGUGGGGUUGUAGUGAUUUUAAUCUGAGGUGAUUUGCGUUAUAAAGGCAUAACUUCUGUAUGUCUACUUUGGGUCUGCGAGUUCACCUUUCCUGAAGCAUUUAUUGUACAUCAAUCUUUACAUUGCCAUCAAUCAUGUCACCUAACUUUUCGUGGGCAUAGCAGCAUACUACAUCUUGGUGCAGCCAUUAAAAGUGCAGUCUUACUGGCACCGAUGAGGGACAUGAAUGUGAAAUACUGGAACGGACAUUGUGCCUGAUAUGGUUUGAGAUAAACUUAUUUUGAUGUAUAAAUAAUUAAUUUUGGGUGUCUCAGUGCAAAAUCUGUUAACGAUCUCUGGAGAAAAUUAAAGAGAGAUGAAUUGCCAACAGGAAAAUCCUGUUAACAUGGCACCAAAAAUGUAUUUUGAAUGUGAUAAUGCUCUGUUCAUGCCUAAUUUGAAUUUGUUCUCCCGGGGUAAAAAAAAUUCACAAGGGACAAGUAGAAAUCAUAAUAAAUCAUCUUCAUGUGGUUCAAUAUUGCCUAAAGUUUUGGAUUUUUAUCCCAAGCUAAAGUAAGCACAUUGGAAAUUCACUGAGGGUUACUGAGAACAAUUAUAUGACAGCUUCCCAAUAUGUUGAUGUUCAGGUGCAAUAAAGCAGUUGAAAUUGAA